AUGGAAAACUUUAGACACCAAAUCGAGAAGGCCGUUGAAGAAGAUGCAACUGCUGAGGAGAAAGUGAACAAAAUGGCGAAAUUGUUCGAUGAUGCACUUCUUGAAGGACUUCUUCACGUGGCCGCGGAUGCGCAGUCCAAAUUGGUCGACGAUCAAAAAGUGGUUGUUGCCGCGAUGAAAGCCACCGCCAAGGCACACAAAAACAAGGCAAAACUCUUCGGCAAGCUCAUUAAAGAGCAACGACAAGAAGCGGCUCGACCAACCCAAAAGCCACACGAUGGCAAAACUCGCGGAUAUGCGGAAAACGUAAAGCCUCACGGUUUUUAUGGCCAUACUCAUCUCACAGCUCUUACUCAAGAGUCGGCGACGAUGAUGUCCGACUCAAAAGCUCAACCACAGGAAACAACAAAAAGUAAAAAGACAAAGGCAAAGCCUAAAAACGAGAAUAAGAGGAUAAGCUUUUUACACAAGGCGGCUUUCAUGGUAUCAAUACAAGGUUCUUCAACAAAUGACGCUUUUGCGAAGAUAAGCAGGAGCUAUGCUCGUGUUUCAAAGGAAGUGUCCAAUAAAGAAUCACUUAAGAUUGCUCCAAAUUUUGCGCGAUGUUUUUGCCGUAAAUGUCGACACGUUUUUGCCACCGCGGAAGGGAUCGAGAAAAUGAAAGUGAAUGUUGAUGCGAAUUGCCUUGUACGGAUGACGGACGGAACAACUGAAGAGGGAGAAGCCAUUCCCGAUUCACAAGUGAAAUCCGAAGAUGCCACCAUUUCAUCACAAAUGGCUGGUGUUGCUCUAAUUAAGCACGAGUUUCUUAUUCAUGACGAGAUGCCAAUCGAAGUCAAAAGUGAGUCCCAAGUGCGAAAUCCGGACAAGAAUAAAAGACGUGGAAUAAACAAGAACCGGCUGAAAGAAAUGGCUCAAAUGACAACGAAGGUUCGGGCAAGUUCAGUACGACUUUGCCCAAGUGCUUUUAUGCCCGGUAUCAAAUGCAAGCAUGGGACAAAAUGCACGAGCGAACACGAUAUUGCAACUUUUUUGAAAGGAAAAGAACCAGAUUUGGGAGAGACGUGUCCAUUGUACGAUCAACGAGGCUAUUGUCCGUUUAGUUAUGCUUGUCGAUUCGGCAAUGCCCAUCUCACUGAGGAUGGCCAACAACGCAAAGAGACUCUGAAUAGUCCAUACGUCGAGACUGUAAACAAUAGGAGCAUGCAUAUUCAAAUGGCGAUGCGUAAAAGAAAGUACGAUUUUGGACGAAGCCUUAAGUUUCUCGAAACCCUACCUGAUUGUUAUCAUCAGCGAAAAGGCGCGCGCAACUCAGCUCCCAACGCUAAAGACUUUUCAGUUGAUGUUGCCAAAAAAGGUGGUGUAGCUGAAACAAUUGACGAACACGAAGACCAGGAAGAUGCUUCUAUUCUAAAAGGAACCACAAACAUGAUUGGAUCAAUGGAACGGGAACGUCGCAUAAUGAGUGCCAAAGAACUUAAUGAGAAAUUGUAUGUCGCUCCACUGACUACCGUUGGAAAUCUACCAUUUCGUCGACUUUGUGUCGAGAUGGGGGCAGAAAUCACUUGCAGUGAAAUGGCUUUGGCAACAAGCAUUCUUGCUGGUGUUCCAUCGGAGUUUUCCCUGAUCAAACGUCACCCAUCCGAACGAAUUUUUGGCGUCCAGCUAGCUGGUGGAUUUGCUGAUACAAUGACAAUGGCUACUCAGAUAAUUGUCGAUGAAUUUGAAGUCGAUUUCAUCGAUAUCAAUAUGGGUUGUCCAAUCGAUGUGGUCAAUCAAAAGGGUGGUGGAUGUGCUUUGCCGACUCGACCUACAAAGCUUUACGAUGUUAUGCGCGGAAUGCGUAGUGUCAUGAAUGACAUGGUUUUAACAAUGAAGAUGCGAACAGGGAUGAAAGAAGGUGUUUUAACCGCUCACGAGACUCUCACUGGGCUUGUAGAUGCAGGAUGUAAACCAGAUCUUGUCACGUUUCAUCCAAGGAGCAAAGAGCAACGUUAUUCGAAACUCGCUAAAUGGGAGUUUGUGACCCAGUGCAAAAGCGCUGUGCCUGAUAUUCCUUUCUGGGUUUGUGGUGAUGUUCUUGGUUGGGAAGACUAUUAUGAGAGGCGAGAGCAUUACUCAAUUGAUGGAAUUAUGAUUGGACGUGGAGCCCUCAUAAAGCCUUGGCUUUUAACAGAAAUCAAAGAGCGAAGACACUGGGAUAUUGCUGCAACAGAACGCCUUGACCUUGUGAAAAAAUUUGUUUGGUUUGGAUUAGAUCAUUGGGGAAGCGACUCAACUGGAAUUGAAAAGACAAGACGAUUCCUUCUGGAAUGGCUUUCUUUUGCAUGCAGAUACAUUCCCGUUGGACUGCUCGAAGUUCUGCCACAACGAAUUAAUGAUCGUCCACCUUAUUACAAGAUGAAUUAUGUAAAUGACGCGGAUCGGCUGUCGAACGGGCAACACAAUCAUCUCAACGGAAUUAUUCCAGAUGCGGCAGAGGCGGAUCCUCCGAUGGCACCCUUUGUCGAGCAUCAAGGAGAUAUUCGGGUUCUUUCUCAGCAAGUUCACAUUAUGGAUUUUGAUUUUGAGAGUCGUUCAUUCCGCGUUCACACAGAUCUAGUGAUUGUCCCUUUCAAUACAGAGCUCACAAGAAUACACUUGAAUUUGGGAAGAGCUGCUUUAUUACCGAAUGAGGCCGAUUUUGAUGGAAAAAUUGCGGUUAAUGGUGAAGAAGCGACAUAUACGCGGAUAGAACCUAUUGGGGACUUGAAUUCAUCAUGCCCUUCUCUCUGUUUGAGUGAUCUUUCUGAUUCUUUUUAUGAGCGUUACCGUGAAAAUCAAGGAGAAUUGAAAAUUGAUUUGCCAAUUGAUUUAUUGCCUUUGGUGCGACAAGCACGUUGCUUUCUCGUGGCGAUUGAUGUGCUAGUUCGAGCUCCAAAAUUUGGUGUGCAAUUUAAUAGCAAACAUGGAAAUAUACAUGCUGAACGAGGAGCUCAUGCUUUCACUUAUAGAACAUCAGCUAUCACAGGGACUCGAGAAUGGCUACCAUGUAUUGAUUCACCGGAUCAAGUGUGUAUUUGGAAGUUUAGUUUCGCUUGCGAUGCAACACACACAGCUAUUGUUUCUGGAGAGCUGAUUGAUGUAGAACUUACCGAGGAUGCAAGGCAGAAAAUAUAUCAUUACAGACAAAUGGUGCCGACUGCUGCACCUAAUAUUGGAUGGGUUGUCGGACAAUUUACCCCGCAUGCGCAUCAAGAGAUGGCCGAGACGACAAGUUUUGCACUACCGGGACUUCUCAAUCUUGUCAAACAUACAACAUCACAAAUUGACAAAAUUAUGGAAUGCUAUGAAGAACUACUCUCUUGCAGAUAUCCUUAUUCCAGUCUCAAACUGGUGUUUGUUGAUCAGUGUUCUGAAAGCGUGGUUGCUUAUUCAUCGCUUUCCAUCUUGUCGGUACACACUCUUUAUCAUAAAAAAGUGAUUGAUGCAGCGCAGGAGUCUCGAUUUACGGUGGCACAUGCAAUCGCCCUCCAGUUCUUUGGCUGUUUUCUGUGUCCAGCGCAUUGGGUUGAUUUGUGGUGUGUGCGCUCUAUUGCAAGGUUUUUGGCAGCUUUGUACCUCGAAAAAGUCUUUGGCACUUCUGAAUUUCUGUAUCACACAAAGCUAUUGUUGAAUGAAGUGGUCAACUAUGAAUUUCAGUGGGGCCAGAUUAUACUACGGCCUGAUCUACGAUCUCUGCGAAAAACCGAUUUUCAUUUUGAUCCAAGACAUCCUCUGAUGGCAAGCUCCUUGUAUAUCGACAUGCUAAUAAAGAAAGGUCAUCUUGUGCAACGAAUGCUUUAUUCAAGAUUUGGACAGGAGCUAUACUUACAAGUAUUAAAUGGCAUGCUGAGUGUCGGUGUUCAAAUGGCGGACAGACGAGAGCGGCCAGCUGCCUGGUCAUAUCUCAUCGUGAGCACAGAAGGCUUUUUCCGAACAGUUGGUAUGGUAACUGGACAAGAUAUUCCUGCUUUCGUUGAGCAAUGGGUCUACAAUGGUGGACAUCCACAUUUGGAUAUUGCUUAUACUUUCAACCGAAGAAAAAACAUUGUGGAAUUGACAAUCAAGCAAGAUACAGCAAGUAGUCAUGGGCGAUGUUGUUAUACUGGUCCGCUAACGGUAUGGAUUCAAGAAAUUGAUGGAGCGACAAAGCAUACAAUUCAAGUCGAUUCAAACACAUGUAAACAGGACUUGCAAUGCCAUUCAAAGGGAAGACGACAAAAGAAAAAGAAAUGUCCGCUGGCUUCCGGAGAAGAAGUUGAGAUUGAUUUGUCCAACGCCGAUCCUGAGUCGCCUGUUUUGUGGAUCAGAGUCGAUCCUGAGUUGAAUGUGAUUCGGUCAUUAUCAGUUCAUCAGCCACAUUUUCAAUGGGAGUACAUGUUAAAGCAUGAACGAGAUGUGGUUUCACAAUUGCAGGCUCUGAAUCGAUUGGAGCAGUUUCCGUCACCUCAAUCAAAGCAAGCGUUAAUCGAGACAAUUACCAAUGAAAUGAUUUAUUACAGAAUUCGCUGCCGUGCCGCCUUCACACUGACUCGUGUCCUAAACAAAAUGACUGAGACGUGGUGUGGUGUACCUGACUUGAUUCAGUUAUUCAGAGCAAAAUUCGGAUGUAAAUCUAAUCCGGUGAUUCCUCAGCAAAACAAUUUUGUAGUGACUAACACGACGCUCCAACAGUAUUUCUUGAUGCAGGCUAUUCCACAAGCAGUAUCUAAAAUGAAAAGACAAGGAGGUUCAACGCCCAUAGAGGUCACACAAUUUAUUGUGUCUCUCAUCAAAUUUAAUGACAAUUCGGUGAACAGAUACUCUGAUGAUCAUUAUCGGGCCUCGCUACUUCAUGCUCUUUUAUUCACUUUAACUGAGCGAGAACUUAUGAACGACAAUUCUCGGCCAGAUCAGAUUGCGAGUGAUGCCCGAGAUGCUUUGGAGGAGUUUUCGUAUGCUCUCAACAUGGAUAUUUUGAAACCCAGCUACAAUCGUGUGGUGGCCAUUGCGGCACUUACAGGACUCAAUCAAUUACAAUGUCAGAAUCAUAUUCCUUGGGACUCAAGUGUAUUUUGGAGAUUUGCUAAGGCUGGCCAAAGCACACCGGUUCGAAAAGCUGCUUUGUGGAUUCUUGUUCAGCGAUUGCCUAAUUGCAGAGAAAUUUCUAUCAUUGAUGACUUCAACCGAUUAUUGACUAUGGCAGAAGAAGAUCCCGAGCCAUCGAUUCGCGUGCAUAUCCCCACUUUGCUUGUCGCAACACCUCCAUUUACUGCAGAUAACUUUUUGGAUUUCUCGUAUCCAUUAAAUAAUGCUCAAUAUGCCGAAAAAAUAUGGAGGAUUAUCACAAAUAUUGAGACAGAGCCCGCUGUGAGAGGUCUUUUUUGUGACCUCUAUUUCACCAGCUUUGGCUAUGCAAUGCCUCCUUCACUUCGACCGAUCGGUGCUCCAAUUGCAAUGCAGAGAAAAGGUAACCCUCGUUUCUUCACUCCUACACAUCAAAAGUCGGCUCGUGAAUACUGGAAUAUCGUUGAUGAAUGUCCUCCGUCUCCAAGUUGCAUUAAUUAUAUCUCAAGAGUUGGAAACAUGUCCGAUGACCUCCUUCAA